AAUAACAACACCGUAUAGCAUAGUUCCAGUUUCCCUUCUCAUCCCCCCUUUCCCCCCACACCCUCUCUCCCGUCGCAAGCCACUCCACGGUCGCGCCUCCGCGGCCCCUCCUCCGGUGAUCCUCAAUCUUCGCCGUACGCGUCGCCUCUGCAAUGGCUCAACAGCCUUACGAUCCCUACUACCUUCAUCACCAACCACCGGAACCACAAGAGUACGGGGGCUUCCAAGACAGGAACAUCAGCACUCUCUUCGUGGCAGGCCUCCCCGACGACGUUAAAGCUCGCGAAAUCCACAAUCUUUUCCGCCGCCGCCCCGGCUUCGACCAUUGCCAGCUCAAGUACACUGGCCGCGGCAAUCAGGUUGUCGCAUUUGUCACAUUUUUUAAUCAUCAGACAGCAGUAGCAGCACUGCAUGCAUUAAAUGGUGUAAAAUUUGAUCCUCAAGCUGGAUCUGUACUGCAUAUUGAACUGGCUAGAUCAAACUCAAGGAGAAAACGUAAACCAGGUGUUGGAGGCUAUGUUGUUAUCGAUAGAAGAAAUAAGUCAACAGCUGAUGCCCAAGGAAUGUCAAGUGAUGAUGGAGACAGUGAAUCUGAUGAACCGAUUGAGGCCAACGAUCCUAACAUGGGCAACAAGAGUGAUAUAGUCACUGCAAAGAGUAGUGAGACAGAGGUUGCUCCUGACAAUGCCAUAGCUGCUGCCAAUGGGCAGACAAAGAAGACUGUUGAAGGCACUGUUCCACCUUGUUCUACUUUGUUCAUCGCCAAUCUGGGUCCAAAUUGCACUGAAGAUGAAUUGAAGCAAGUCCUUUCUCAAUAUUCUGGAUUCAACGUGCUAAAGAUGCGUGCUAGAGGUGGAAUGCCAGUGGCAUUUGCUGAUUUUGAGGACGGGGAACAAUCUACCAAGGCGAUGAACGAACUUCAAGGCAGCCUGUUACCAUCAUCAGAUCGGGGUGGCAUGCACCUCGAGUACUUUUCAUCACUUUUUAAUUUUAAAAUUUUCAAAUACUUUAUUAAAAUUUUCAUUUUUCAUUGUGACUACUGCUAAGAUGGUUUUCUUUCCCUACUCCCCCUCUUUUUUCCAUUUAUGCUUUUUAGAUAUGCAAGGUCUAAAAUGAGGAAGCCCUAGACAAUGGGGGAAUGGAAUAACAAAAAAUUUCAAGCAGCUCCGGAGCUUGUGGAGGAGUGCUGGACACUGCACUACUUGAAGAAUGAGAUUAGUUCCCAACAUUAUGAGGCAAUGACCUUCAUGAUGUUUAGUGCGCUUUCUUUGACGAUCAGUAUGCACGCUUAGAGAACGUUUCUGAGCUUUAGUUGUACUAUAUUUUUUUUUAGUCCAUGUAGAUUUAACUUGAAAUUUGAUAUUGUGUGUUUAAAAAUGAAAUCUUACUGUAAUUAAACGGGCUGGUACUGAAGAAUUUCUUGAGCAAAAAGGGAAAUAUUGGACGCAA